AAAGAAAUUUCAUUUGUCAAAGGUAUCACCGACAUGCUUCUCUCCGACGGUGUGCCCAGUGAGAUUGCACAGCUUCAUUUAUUGCUGAGGAACAGCUAAGCUCCUCCCUGCAUCCCUCCCCGAGCCAUCCCAAUACAAAAGGAAACUUUCUGCAUGGGGACUAAUUAGUCAGGCAAGAUGUUCAUUCGAACAGGGUGGUGAAGGUGGCAAAACGAAGACUGUCUUUUUGAAGACUGGUGUGGAGGGAAGAAUUCACCUGUACCCGUCAGCAUGAAUAAACAAGUCAAUCACUUGGAUUAAAAUUGCUGGAAAGGAAGAAUCAGAAGGAAAAAUGGAUCCCUUGUUUUGCGCAACAGAAACUAACAACUUUCGACCUUUCACCCCUGAGUCCUUGGCAGCAAUUGAGGAAAGAAUUGCUGAGAAAAAAAGGCAGCAAGCCACAGUUAACCAGAAGAAUAAGGAUCAAGGAGAUGAAGAAAAACUUACUCCUCAGCUUGAUCUGAAAACCUACAAAAAACUGCCAUCUCUAUAUGGGGAUGUUCCUGUGGAACUCAUUGGGGAACCCCUGGAAGAUCUUGAUCCAUACUACGGUGAUCACAAGACCUUUAUGGUGAUAAAUAAAAGGAGGACUAUUUUCCGGUUUACUGCCACACCUGCCCUGUGUAUAGUUGGCCCUUUCAAUCCAGUCAGAAAAAUGGCAAUUAAAGUUCUGACCCAUUCAUUAUUUGUUUGCUUUAUUACCUGCACUGUUGUACUCAAUUGUGCUUCCAUGGCUGUAAAUAAUCUUCCAGGGAGUCUCAACUGGACUGAAUAUCUUUUUACUGGCAUAUAUACUGGUGAAAUAUUAAUAAAAAUAUCAGCAAGAGGAUUUGUCUGGGAUGAGUUUACCUUUCUUCGAGACCCGUGGAACUGCUUGGAUCUUGUUGUUAUUGUUGUAAUGUAUGUUACUAUGUGUAUCACCACGAGCAAGUUUUCAGCUCUUCGAACUUUCCGAGUACUGAGGACUUUGAAAGCUAUUUCAGUAAUACCAGGUCUGAAAGUCAUCGUAAAUUCACUUAUUGAAUCUGUGAAGAAGCUUACUGAUGUCUUGAUUUUGACUGUUUUUUGCCUGAGUGUAUUUGCUCUAAUAGGCCUCCAGCUUUUUAUGGGCAAUUUAACAUCCAAAUGUGUCCUCACUGGUGCUGUGUACAAUGACUCGUUGUGUAGGGAUGCCAAGAUAUAUGUACCAAAUAAUGGAGUUGAUCUCUGCUACAGAAUGAAUAAGUCUUCUGAAAUACUGCUCUGUGGGUUCAGUUCAAACCCUAAAAAGGAGUGUCCAGAAAACUACAGCUGUGAGAAGGUUGGGAAGAAUCCUGACUUUGGUUACACAAGUUUUGAUCAUUUUGGCUGGGCCUUCCUGUCUUUAUUCCGUUUGAUGACACAGGACUGCUGGGAGCGCCUCUACAGACAAACUAUCCGUACCUCUGGAAAGAGCUACGUUUUGUUUUUUGUGGCAGUCAUCUUUUUGUGUGCAUUUUAUCUCUUCAAUCUGAUCUUGGCUGUAGUAACUAUGGCAUAUGAAGAGCAAAAUAAAGCUACUCUUGCUGAAAUACAGACAAAGGAAAAACUACUUCAGGAUGCCAAACAACUUCUAGAGAAAGAAAAGAUGUUGGCUGCAGGAGGAGAUACUAAAGCUUUAAAUGCCAUAUCUGAAGCAUCAGUUGCCGAGUUGGAAAAUUCAAAAGAGAAAGAGAUGAAGCAAGAAAAAACUACUUUAAGAAAAAACUUGAUUUUAGGUGAUCGCGGCAAAGAGGAGCAUGUGUUUCAUUCACAGCCUAGGCACUGCCAGAAGAAACUUAGGCAGAUACUGCUGUCCUAUGAGUUGUCAGUGGAUUCCAUUAAUGAUCCUUUUCGGAGGCAGAGGUUAAUGAGUGCAGCCACUGUUAUUACAGACAAUUUGGAACUGCAAGAGUCAAAACUGAAAUGUCCUUCAUUCUGUAAACGUUUUGCUCGGAAGUAUCUAAUUUGGAACUGUUGUCCAUUCUGGAGAGCAGUCAAAGAGAAAGUGAAAUUGGUCAUUUUGGAUCCAUUUGUUGAUCUCCUAAUCAUGGUUUGCAUUAUUGUCAAUACCUUCUUCAUGGCUCUGGAGCACCCUGACCUGCAGUCUGAUUACAAAAGCAUGAUAUACAUAAGUGACAAGGUCUUCACCCUGAUUUUUACAGCAGAAAUGAUCUUGAAAAUCAUCGCUCUAGAUCCUUACAACUAUUUCCAGCAGAAAUGGAAUAUUUUUGAUAGCAUAGUUGUUAUGAUUGGCCUAAUAAGCUUUCAAGAAAAUCUGUCAGCUUUCAGGCUGCUCAGGAUCUUCAAAUUGGCAAAAUCCUGGCCAGCCUUAAACACUCUUAUGAAAAUAAUUCUGAACUCAGUUGGUGCUUUGGGUAACCUCACUCUGGUUUUGAUUAUCACUGUAUUUAUUUUUGCUGUAGUAGGAAAGCAGGUCCUGGGCACUUAUUAUGAGACUAAUAGCCAUAGAAUAAGCACUGAUGGGAAUUUACGCUGGCACAUGAAAGAUUUUUGUCAUUCAUUCCUGAUUAUAUUCCGAAUAUUAUGUGGAGAAUGGAUUGAAACCAUGUGGGAAUGUAUGGAAGUGGCUGGAAAAGGGCUAUGUCUUCCCAUUUUCUUGCUAGUCCUGGUGAUAGGAAACCUGGUGGUUCUCAACCUGUUCAUUGCCUUGCUGCUGAGCUCCUUCAGUACUGACUCCAUGGGACAAGAGGAACCUGGAAAAAUGACCAAAUGUCAGAUUGCCAUUGCACAGAUUUACAAGGGCCUGCAGGCUGUGAAAGACAGAAUUUGGUAUCGCUGUGGCAAAACUAUGAAACAGAGCCACAAAACGAGACCCAAAAGGAGCACUUUGGUGAAAACUUCUGCCAAAGAUAUAGAGAGCAAUAACUAUGCCAUGACUGAUGUUAGAAGGGAUGGAGACAACAGUUGUUUUGACACUGACUAUAGCAAUACUGAAGACAGUUCCUCAAUAACAAGGAAAUAUGGAGGAUUUUUAAUGGAUCAUAGCACCUGUGUUCCCAUUGAAGUGCCAGAGACUUGCACAGAUGAAGGUGAUGAUAAGCACAGUGCGUGCCCAGAAACAGACUGUGGAAAACAGGGAGACAGAUUAAGAGCUAGGGACCAGCGCUGGAGCUCGAGUGACUUCAGUCAGAUUUCUGGGACGUCUGAAACUAUAAGUGGCUUUUCAGAAACGCCCCCAAAGGAAGAGCAAAAAGAGAAACGUGAUUCUGGUAGCUAUUCUGAAGCCAGCACUGUGGAUCCAGUUACUCUGCAGGAGAUGAUAUCCCAGCCUAAAAAGUCUCAGCUUCCAAAGGACUGCUUUGGAGAAAGUUGUGCUGAGUGUUCCCCGUGCUGUGCAGUGGAUGUCACUAAGUUUCCUGGCAGAACUUGGUGGAAAUUUAGAAAAACCUGCUUCAGAAUUGUUAAACAUAGCUGGUUUGAGAAUUUUGUCAUUUUUAUGAUAAUAUUGAGCAGUGCAGCACUGACAUUUGAAGAUAUUCACCUGCAUAAGAGAGAAAGAGUGAGAGUUGUCCUGGAGUAUGCUGAUAGGAUAUUCACCUACAUCUUUUUGUUGGAGAUGCUUCUGAAAUGGGUAGCUUAUGGCUUGCACAGUUAUUUCACAAAUGCCUGGUGCUGGCUUGACUUCAUCAUCGUGUGUCUGUCACUUGUUUCCUGGGGAUUAAGCAGUGCUUCCAAAGAUCCAUCACCAUGUUCCUCUGGGAGUGCCCUGAAGUCUCUAAGGACUCUUAGAGCACUGAGGCCUCUACGAGCUUUGUCAAGAUUUGAUGGGAUAAAGGUUGUUGUGAAUGCACUCUUGGGAGCUAUCCCCUCAAUCCUGAACGUUUUGCUCGUCUGUAUUGUCUUCUGGCUCCUGUUUAACAUUGCAGGAGUAAAACUACUUGCAAAAAAGUUCUCCAAAUGUGUCCUGGAGAAAGGAAAUAUCAGUCUGAUCAAUAACACAGCUGACUGCGCCGCCUACGAUGGACGCUGGACAAACAGCGACGUCAACUUUGAUAACGUUGGGAUGGGCUACUUGGCUCUCCUCCAAGUGGCGACUUUUAAAGGUUGGAUGGAUAUUAUGUAUGCAGCAGUGGAUUCACGAGAGGUGAAUCAACAGCCAAAGUUUGAAGCAUUCUCAGCCAUGUAUAUGUAUUUUGUGAUUUUCAUCAUUUUUGGAUCUUUCUUCAUGCUGAACCUUUUCAUUGGCGUGGUUAUCAGCAAUUUUAACCAACAAAGGAAAAAGAUAAGUGGAAAGGAUCUAUUUUUGACUGAGGAACAGAAGAAAUACUAUAAUGCCCUGAAAAAACUUGGAUCCAAGAAACCUCAAAAACCCAUCCCAAGACCACUGAAUGCCUUCCAAGGACUACUCUUUGAUAUAGCAUCACACAAAGCAUUUGACAUUACCAUUGUGGUCUUCAUCUGUCUAAACAUGGUUGUUAUGAUGGCAGAAACUAACCAGGAGGGCAUCAAGAGUGUUCUUAAUAAAAUCAACUACUUUUUUGUGGCAGUGUUUACCAUGGAAUGUGUCAUCAAAAUGCUAGCCUUAAGGCAAUACUUCUUCACCAGCGGCUGGAACAUAUUUGAUUUAGCUGUUGUGGUCCUCUCGUUAGUUAGUAUUGGACUUUCUGAAGUCUUUAAGGCUUUCUUCUCUCCGACGCUUCUGAGAAUUUUCCGCCUGGCACGGAUUGGCCGAAUCCUGAGACUGAUCCGCAGAGCCAGAGGGAUCCGCACGCUUCUGUUUGCACUGCUGAUGUCUCUGCCUGCACUCUUCAACAUUGGCCUCCUGCUCUUCCUGGUUAUGUUCAUUUACGCCAUUGUGGGCAUGGCCAACUUUGCCUGUGUUGGCUGGGAGGGUGGGAUUGACAACCUCUUCAACUUUCAAACCUUUGACAGCAGCAUGCUCUGUCUCUUCCAAAUUACAACGUCAGCUGGCUGGGAUGCUCUUCUGGUGCCCCUGCUAAAAAGCCCCAACUCGUGUGCUCCCAACCUAAACCUAACGGAUGAGCAGAGAAACAACUGCACAAAUAAGGGGGUUGGCAUUUUAUUCUUUGUAAGCUACGUCAUCAUAUCAUUCCUCAUUGUAGUAAAUAUGUACAUAGCUGUCAUUUUAGAGAACUUCAGUGUCGCCACUGAAGAAAGCACAGAUCCUCUUUCUGAGGAUGACUUUGAUAUGUUUUAUGAGACCUGGGGAAAAUUUGAUCCUCAGGCAACACAGUUUAUUGAGUAUUCUGCUCUUCCAGACUUCGCAGAUGCUCUGGCAGAACCCUUACGCAUUCCAAAGCCCAAUAAAAUUCAGCUCAUAUCCAUGGACCUUCCCAUAGUUAGUGGAGAUAAGAUCCACUGCUUGGAUAUCUUGCUCGCUUUCACCAAAAGGGUCUUAGGAGAAUCUGGAGAUUUGGAUGGUCUUGAAUUACACAUGGAGGAAAAAUUUAUGGCUGCCAAUCCCUCUAAAGUUUCUUACAAGCCAAUUACUACUACCCUAAGAAGAAAACAAGAGGAGGUAUCAGCCCUUGUUAUUCAAAGGGCCUUCAGGAGGUAUCUGGUGCAGCAUUCCUUUGAGAAUAAACCUUUCUUACGCCGUCAGAAACACUACAACAGCGCUGUCUUUGGAGAAGAAACACCUGAGAGGGAAAGUCUCAUUGCAUCGGUGCCAACUGGAAAUGAUGGUGGGAAGCUGGACAGGUCAUGGGCCACAUCUUCCAUCUCUCUCCCGUUAUGUUAUGAUGGAAUUGCUGAACCGGAUAGUGAGAACACGGGCACGUGAGGCUGCCCAGGCUGCAGCAUUUUUGUUUAAGCCAGUAUCAGACCUUUUCAGAUGGAGGAAAUAUUUUGAUUUCAGAGGGUAAUAGUCUAAUUUUAGAAUCAUGAUGGCAGCCUUUGAGUACUGUUCAACUUUACAAAUGCUCUGUAAAUGAUUUGUGCAACUGUGUCCUAAAUAUGAGAGGAAAAUGAAACCAUGGAUUUUUUUUUUUCCUCAGCUACUGGAGUAGGUGAGUUAAUUUUCCACCCUUUUUUUAUUGCCUCCCAUUUCUGUUUGCAGAAGAAAUCUGUAAACGAUCGAUUUAAAUAGUGUUAUGAUUUCUAAGCACAGAAGGCUGUAGAACAAUGUACAUUUCUUUACAGAUACAGCCUGGUCUGCAAAAAUGGUUAUUGUAGCAAAACCAAAUACUGCAUUUUCUGUACGAGCUCACUCAAGACGCUUGAAUAUAACCAGCCACUACUCUCUGUGUUGUUUGGGAUCAUCUUCCCCCCAGUGCCUUUGGUUGGAUUAGUUUUGCUUAAAAAUGUUGAGGUGCCUUUACAGGUGCACCCAAAUGGAGUCUGUGCUUAAAAGCUGUCUAGAAUUUGUUCCUUGCAUCGUUCAGUGCAUGAAAAUUGUGAUAAUAGUCCUCAAAACCCAAGGCUGUUACGUGACAGGUAUUGUUUCCAGAGAAUCUAAAGAACUAUUGUACAUGAAAUGUCAUCAUCAUACUUCACCCUACUGCCAAAGGAUCUGGAAGGAAACUCAUGGUGUAUCUUAGGGGACAACAUUUGUUAAAGUGAAUGGAAUUAUUUAUUUCUCUGCUGCUGGAAAUAAAGCCAUGUCUGAGU